AAUAUAUAUAGACUCAAUGGAUUAUCUUGCAAUUGAGAAGUAGGAAAUUGGGCAGAAUCUUCAUUUGAAUCAAUUCCUUAAUUUUAAACUUUAUGCCGGAGUAGUAUGAAAAAACUAGAGAAAGAAAGAAAAAGGAAGGCAUCGAUAUAUAUAUAGUUAGCUAGUGGGGAAGAAUGGUGAAAGAAGUAGUUGAAAGGAAACUCUACAAUGCUGUAUCAAAAGGGGAUCUAACAACACUUAAACAACUUCUUCAAGAAGAUCCAUAUCUUGUUCAUGAAGCCCCGUUUGCAUGUUCAAGAAAUCUUCUACACGUAGCAGCAAUGCACGGACAAUCAGCCAUCGUUGAAGAGGUGUUGAGGAUGAAUCGACGUCUAGCUCGGAUUCCAGACUCCCAGAAAUCAUCGCCUCUCCACAUCGCAGCAGCAGAAGGGCACGUCAUCAUCGCCUCAAAACUGCUAUCAGUUGCCCCGGAGAUGUGCUGGUGGCGCGACGACCAAGGCAUGAACCCGGUUCAUGUUGCCGCCAUGAACGGGCAUGUCGAGUUAGUCAAGCAUCUCCUUGGAGAGAGUUGUUUGCCUGCUAUGGAGAGACUGCAUCGCGGGCAGACUGUGCUGCACCUGUGUGUGAAACAUGGUCAGCUUAGUGCAUUGAAGGUUUUGGUGGAGAAGUUGGGAGAGUUUGUGUGUGCCAAAGAUGAUGAUGGCGAGACACUCUUGCAUUUGGCUGUCAGGUGCAAUCAAGUUGAGACUAUACGAUACUUGGUGGAAAACAAAACUGUGGAGAGGCAAACACGAAACUCGAUGGGCAAAACAGCGCUGCAGGUCUUGAAGGAGAGCCCUCCACACACAGCUACCUACGAAAAAAUCAAAGGAAUCUUGAUAAAUUUAUCUAACGAAUCAUAUUUCGAAGCCCUCCCCAAGAUGACCGACGUCACGAUGGUGGUGGUGGUCCUGAUCGCCACCAUGGCGUUCCAGGUGGCCGUCAACCCCCCAGGCGGCGUGUGGCAGGACGAUAAGCCUACACACAGGGCCGGCCAGGCCGUGAUGGCGUCCACCCAUCCCAAGAUGUACGGACACUUGGUGCGUGCCAACACCACGGCCUUCAUCGCAUCUCUCAUCACGAUCUUCCUCGUCACCACGGGCCUCCCGUCCACCAAUAUUUUAUUCAUGGCGGUGGCCAUGUACGCGAUGUGUGUGUCGCUGGUGGCCAUCGCGAUCAGUUACGGAGCUUCCGUGGCGAUGAUCACUCAUACUACGAGGAGGCAAGCGGUGGGGCAUUUGAUUAUGACAGUGCUGGCGGUGGUUUUGAACCUGUUUGCAUUGAUAACGGCGUAUGUUGUUAUAAGGAAGUUGUACUUGUCGUGCAAGAGGAAGAAACGGCAGCAGCAAGAUCUCAUAGACGAUACUUUCGUCUGCCCCGUCUUCUACUGGAUUUUCCAGCAGUUGGAGACGCGAGGGUUUUUGAGUGGCUAAUAUACUUCUUGAAAUGUUCGUGUA